CAAGAUGGAGGAAUACCACAAAAUUAUUCUUCUAAAAAUUUAGUCCAGUCGCUGGUGGUUGGAAGACAAAUAUCAGCUGCUGCAACAAAUGGCGGAUAUAGCUGCGAUUUCGGUUCCUUAAAAUAUUUUCUAUUGUGUGGAUUAGGAGGAAUUUUAUCCUGUGGGAUAACACACACAAUGGUAGUACCUUUAGAUUUAGUAAAAUGCAGAAUGCAAGUUGAUCCUAAGAAAUAUCUAAAUAUUUCUAACGGUUUCAAGAUUACCGUGGAAGAGGAAGGAAUGAGAGGUUUAGCUAAGGGGUGGGCGCCGACUUUUUUCGGAUAUUCAGCCCAAGGUAUGUUCAAAUUUGGUUUGUACGAAGUAUUCAAAGUAUUAUACUCGGGAGUGCUCGGUGAAGAAUACGCUUAUUUAUACAGAACGUGGUUAUACUUAGGAGCCUCCGCCACCGCCGAAUUUUUCGCCGAUGUAGCACUAUCUCCAAUGGAAGCAGUUAAAGUCAAAAUACAAACUGUACCGGGUUAUUCCAGUACGUUGAGGUCGGCGUUUCCCAGGAUAUACGUCGAAGAAGGCGUUAACGGUUUCUACAAGUCUUUGGUACCGUUAUGGAUGCGUCAAAUCCCGUAUACAAUGAUGAAGUUUGCUUGCUUCGAACGUACCCUCGAAAUUCUUUAUAAAUACGUCGUACCGAAACCUAGAGAACUUUGCAGUAAACCUGAACAGUUGGUGGUUACUUUUGCCGCGGGUUACAUAGCGGGUAUUUUUUGCGCUGUCGUAUCCCAUCCAGCGGAUACAGUCGUAAGCAAAUUGAAUCAAGCGAAAGGGUCUUCUUCGGGGGAUGUUAUAAAGCAAUUAGGAUUCGUCGGGUUGUGGAAGGGCUUAAUUCCUAGAAUUGUUAUGAUUGGUACGCUAACUGCCGCGCAAUGGUUUAUCUAUGACGGUUUUAAAGUUGCAUUAAGAAUGCCGCGACCUCCCCCACCGGAAAUGCCGGAGAGUCUUAAGAGGAAAUUUAAAAAAGAAGAUUAAUAAUCAUUAAAAUCAUUUCUAUACCAUUAGUUUUAUAUUUGUUGUUAUAGGCGUUAAUAAAUAUGUAAAAAAUAAUUUUUAUAAUUAAUCUAUAUGCUAUACGAUACAUAUUUACAAAAAAGAAAUUUAGAAACAUUAAUUGACGAGUUAUUUUAAAGUUGGCAAUAUACGAAAUCAUGAAAUUCAAAAGAACGGAAUAUGUCAUACACGAAACAUCAAUAUUUAACCGUACGAUAUUUUGUUGGAACAUAAAAAGGUAAGGACGAAAAGUGAUUGUCAAAAAUUUGUAUUUCUAGAUGGUUUUUCAUAAAAAAAUAUAAAAAAAGGUUUUUAUUUUUUUACUCCUAUUGAUAAAUUCAGCUUGCAAACUAUAAUAUAGUUGUUUAUCAAUGAAAAAGUAAAUGAAAUAAAAAAAAUGAAAAUAUAGUUAUUCGAUUUUCCGUAAUUUUACUACAUUCUAUUUAUAUAAAGUUUAAAACUUCAACCUAACUUGUAGUUAUUGCUUUUCGAGCCUUUUUUGGUAUUUUCUUUAAACUUCCCUUCGAUAAUAUUCAAUAUUGCUCCCAUUUUCAUUCUAAACAAAAUUGUACUUCAAUAAAACACAAUUAUCAACAAACAAUAUUGAAAAAACAACCAUUUAAACACAAUUAUUAUUUAAAAAAAAA